AUGAUAACUUUAUCCUGCGAAAUUAACAAAGUACAAGUAACAGUUAUACUAGAUUCCGGUGCUAAUUGUAAUAUUAUAGGUGAGAGUAUAGCAAAAAUAGUAGGCUUGAAAAUCGAUAAUACCUCCAAUACAGAAAUAUACACUAUUAGCAAAUUCAAUAUAUUGGGAAUAAUUUGUGCAAUAGAGAUUUCAAUCCUGUCUCAAGAUGGUAAACAAGAGCAAGUGGAAGUUACUGAUAUUUUUGUAACCAAUAAGCCUGAGCUUGAAUCUGUACUGGUAUUGGGUCAGCCAUGGUUCCAGGAAAAUGUAAUGAAAGUGGACUUCCCAAAUAAAACUCUUACAUUACUUGACGGAACUGAUAUACUAUUUGUCAUUGGAACAGAAAUCCCAGCACCGAUGCAAGGUGAUCAAUCCGUGGAUGAUUAUUUCAAAAUGAUAAAGAUAUAUGCUAUAGCAUUGAGUAUCGAUUUAGAUAAUCAAGACCUUAAGGGAACUUUCUUUAAUGGCCUAUCACGAGAUAAUAAAAAAGAAGUAAUUCGAUUCGGCUUUAAAAAGCAUCUGAAUGAGAUAGUCAAUCACUUGAAUAGAAUCUCAACCGGGCCUACCGAUAUUCAAAAAUUCCGAUUUGGGGAAUUGGAGCAAGGAAACGAAUCAGUAAUGGAGUAUUUUGCAAAAGUAGAAAAAUGUGGUAAAUUAGCUGGAUACAAUGAAGAACGGCUUAGAUAUUUCUUUCUUCGUGGAUUAUCACCUGAUAACCAGAUGGAAGCCAGAAGAUGCAGAACAGACCUAUCAUUAGAUGAGCUGGUUGCAAAAUAUAUAAUAUACGAUUUAAGAAUGGUACAACUAAAUAUUUUUGAUUUGCCGGAAUUACUAGAACAGAUCUUAUAUUUUUUAGAAAUCGAUCGAUCCCUCUAUUCCGCUUUAUUUGUCAACCGCCUUUGGUAUCACUGCAGUGCUCCUAUUCUAUGGCGUCGCGUUGAGUUUUUCAACGAAGAUUAUCAGCAGGAUCAGUGUGAAAAAAAUAUAUCUGGACCUCUUUAUUGGUGA